CGACGCCGGGCCCUGCAACUAAACUGUUUUAGGUGUUUACACGGGCCUAAUGUGUGUUUUGUAGAUAUUCCUUCACCCGAUUCACCAUUGUGCACGUCCACCUUACAGAACAUCUGCCAUGUACCGGUCAUCAAUUGUCGUCUACAACUAACAGAAUACUGUGAAUGUUUCAGAUCGACCAUAUCGAAUUGAGAUGACCGUCUAACACUCCCAAGUUCGUAAUCGUUGCCAAAUUCACCCCGGGGACAGGACCUUCUCGCAAAAGUGGCACCGUUCAAGCUAAAAUUCGGCAGGAUGUCGAAAUCGAAUCCGUCGACGCGCAGCAAUUCGGUAGAGUCUCCCGUGGAGUGCGAGAGCCAGACCGGAAGCGCCCAAAGCGUAGCGACCACCGCCAUCAUGGAGACUGCCGAAGGACUGGAGGUUAAUCCCUCAAGUCCGCCCCCGUCCUACGAGCACGUUCUCGAAGAGACGAGGCAAAAGGCACAAAAAGUGCCUACACCAAGAACCCAAGUGAGAAUCAUGCACAAAUCCAGCAAGGAACUGUACAAAGCGGUCGCAAAACAGUUCGGAAUUACUUGCAAAAUGUCUGAUCAAUGCAGAUGCUUCGAUUGCCAAAGUCACUAUUUCGAUUGCGAGUACGAACAGAACGAGUACGAUAAAACCGACGGAGGCCUGGGUGCCGGCACGCCUAUGUUCAUCCAGGAGGUGAUACAUGGAACUGCAUGCACAAUUCUAUAGGUCAAUAAGCAUUCAUAUAGUCGGAAGAGUCUCAUGUUCGAUGUCUUUCAGGUUCAGAACUACGGAUUUUUAAAGGAUUUGAUAUGUUUUCCAAGGAUUUAUUGUACACUGAAGCAGAUAAAAUUUAUCAAAACGCAUUUUUAUUAUUAAAAACGAAUGAAAGGUAUUAAAGAUGGUCCAAAAUAGAUUUCGAACUAGUUGCUAAAACGGCUAUUUUAUUACACAAAACACGAUAGUGGAGAUUUACAAUGAAAGGUUAAAUGUUAUAGAGAAAUAAAUGUGUAAUCAUAUAUUGGAUUAAUUGUAAACUGUAGUUACAAAAUUAUAUCGACUAUUGUCAAGAUCUAUUGUCGCCAAAUCUAACUGUACAUAUAUAAUGAAAAUGAUUUGUUUUAUAUGAAUGAUAUUAAUUGGGUAAAAUCCGCGAAUAUUAAAAAAAAUGACAAAACAAACUCAAUAUCAUAACAUUUGUGUAGACUAAUAUUAAUUGUCUUUAUUUUGUGUAUAUAUUAAACAAUUUGUAAUAUAGAAAAAAACAAAUAGGUGCUUUCUAAAGAUCUCAGAAAUGAAUAAAUAUGUAAAAAUGUAAAAGUGCUCCGAAAACUUUUACAUUUACUGUACAUAAUUCAAUUGUAAGUAGAUAAAUUUAUUCCCAAUUUCAACUUUUCGAAUCUACAAUUAUUUACAAUUUUUUAUAAAUUAUUUUUUACAAUUUUUCCGUUCCUUUGCCUGUACUAAAUUCAACCUAAUAGUGAGAAAUUUUCAAAAUGAAAUUUGUAAAUAUAUACACGACUGGUCAAAAGGGGUCCGGCCCUCUAAGUUUGCCUUUCACGCAAAAAAAUGGAGUCUAUUAAUCUAUAUCUACAACAAAUACGUGUAAGUUAAUUGUAACGAUCGUACCAAUGCAUUUAUUAACUAUAAGAGAAGUAUAUUUAUCUGGUAUACUUGUAAUUAAAUGUUGUACAAGACCUUUUAUGUGCAAAGUCGAAAGAAAUUUUACCUGAUUAUAUUGAACGUUUAUUAUAUUUGUCACGUGAUCGUGACAAGGAUAAUACACAAUGAUCCUACACGUUAGCACAAACAAAACCCCUAAGACUGAAUUUACUUUAUAACGACAUUCCAUUAAGUACUUUGCAUAUAAAAUGUCUUUUAUAGGUUUAAAUCACUUGCAACAAUGGUGCACAUUUAAAUGUAAAUAGGAUAUAUCUAAAGGAAUUUUUAAAUGUGUAAUAGUGUCUGAUAGAGUUGAAUGUUUAGAUAAAAUAUAUACUAUUUUCAUACUUUACAAUGGACGUAUGUUUGCCCAUUAUAGAAAUAAGUCAAAUUAAAAAUGGUGAGAUAAAAUCAGAAAUAUAAAGUGUGAAAACUGAAUUAUCCCAGAUAAUGUACUUAAUACUGCGGUAUUUCGUAUUGCAUCUGUAAAAUACAUAUUAUAAUAUUAAAAACAAAACCUUAAAAUAACAAAAUUUAUCAAGUUUUUAAGUGGAAAAUGCUAAGAGUUUUAUUCACAGGUUAAAAAUAAAGUCGGACGACAAUCGAUUUUCGGGUGGCGAACUUUAUGUUAAUUUGUCGAAGGGUGCAUUGUUCUACUUAAACAUGUACGUAUAUUUCCAAAUAACAGGGUGUCUAUAGAACUGACUAAACUAAAACUAGAAGUAAGUGAAUUUGUUUUACGAGUCAGUCUCUUGUUUCCAUUUCUGAGUCCCUGUAUCAGAAGUUCUUUCACAACAAUGAAACACUGUUUACAGCGAUUUGAUGACGUUUCUUUAUAUAUAACUUAUUAAGGUCGUGUUUGCAGGUCUUGACAUUUUUUCAAUUUGCCAUAUUUCGAUGUCUGUUGCAUACUCUGCAAUUGUAACACAUAUAUAUUUGUCAUUUUUGUACGGCCAUCCUUGUGCUUAUUACGGGGUGGCCAGUUUCUAAAUUUCCGUAUUUGAUGGUAGUGGCGCAAUAUGGUGCAGCAUAGUUCUAAAAUAAUCAAAACAUAGAUCUAUAUGAAGGUUUCAGCUAAAUUUAAGGCUAUUAAUUGUGAAAUUUGUGUUCGAUAACUAAGAUCGUAGGCCUACAUUGUGUUACAUGUUACAUGUUACAUGUCACCAGCUACAUGUUAGAUGUUACAUGUUAUAAUCUAAAGUGUAAUGAAAAACGCACCAAACUGUUUCCUGCACUUAUAUUUUAUAUAAUAAGAUAUUAAAAAUACUCGUGUGAUAUUUUACGUCUGUAUCGAUAUGUGAGCAAAUAAAUAAUAAAGAAGUGAA